AUGCCGGACUGGCCCACGAACUUCAACUGCUACAGACCUGUUUAUCAAGUGCCGGACGCUGUAAUCCUGUGUAACCCUGGGAUAUUUCUGGCCUUACGCGUUGCCCUAGGGGGCACAUCUACCCCACAACGGGCAUACUCCUUCCUCUUGGCUUGUCUUCAUCCCGGGUCACCACGCUGCUCCUCGCACACUGCAGCGCCGCAAAACACCUGUGCACCCCACCGGCUGCCUGUUACUGCAGCCUGGGUCUCCGCUUUGUAUAAGUUUGCUGCCUGGAAAGCCAGUGGAGUGGUGGUACUUCAGGUAAGUCACCACAGCACAGACACAGGCUAUAAGAAAGGUACUUUAAUCACAGGUCCCAGUCUGGCUGAAGAUGAAGCUACUGGUAACUGGACUGUCCUUUUAAGGUAUAAACUGGGUUUAUGUUUAAACUGUGUUUUCUUUCUGCAGGAAACAAGACUUGGAAAAUUGAUAAAUGAUGUGAGAAAAAAGACCAGCAAUGAGGAUCUUGCCAAGCGUGCAAAGAAAUUACUAAGAAGCUGGCAAAAGUUAAUUGAGCCUGUAUCCCAAAAUGAGCCGUCUACAAGGGGCACCCCUAAUCCACCUGGCUCUGCCAAUGGGGGUGGGGCACACAACUGCAAAACGGACCCUGUAGCAGCAGCCCUGCUGAGUGGAAAAGCAAUCCAAGAACUUAAAAAUAGAAAUGACAUUCAGAGGGCACUCUCUCCAAAUGUUGAAAAACCUGCCAACAGGAAAAGGAAGGUGGAACACAGGGACAAUGCCCAGCAAUCAUUCUGUAAAGUAUCUAAUCCCAGUAAUGAGCAAUUUCAAAACUCGCCUCCACCCGUCAAUGGCAUUGGAGGUAGCCCACCUGAGAGCCUUCCCAGCCCUUUAGAUGGAGGUUCUCAGGCUCCCAAACUAGAAGCUCCAGAAAAUGACAAGCAUGGGAAAAUUCCAGUGAAUGCUGUCCGCCCUCACACCAACUCUCCUGGACUUGUAAAACACCCAAGCACUUCCUCCCUUCUGAAAGCAGCUGUUCUGAAACAGCAUGGUGGUGUGUUGGAAGAGGUCCCCUCUCACCAGCCCCGAAGCCCUCGCUGUUUAUCCUUCAGCCCUCGUGGCAUGCGUGUUGAGCUGCCAGGCCGGCCCCAUACCACGUAUGCACCAAGGAGUUCUAUGCCCAGUCCCUCUCAGAGGCAGCCAGGUGUAGAUAAUGCACAGACACCCGUGUACCUAUCACCUACACACCCAUCUACACCCCCUACUACUGUAAAAAGACUGGAGUCUCCUGGACUAGAUGUUGCUGUCUCUUCCCCACUUAGAUCAACAGAACUGCUUUCCCUUCCGGAUUGUCAACACCAGCACCCCCCAAGGACAUCACAGCACCACACCCCCCACGGGCCACGCAGUGUCCCACUCUCCACAGACUCUCAAACUCCUCGCUCUGGCUUCUCACCAGAGACCUCCAAAAUGGACAGUGAUGAUGGGGCAUCCGGCUCUGAUAGCCGAAAGAAAAAGAAAUCUUGGGGUAGGGGAGAACAAGAUGGUCAUUUGCCAGAUGGAAUGGGCAAACCAGUAAGGUUAAAAGAGCGUAAGUUGACUUUUGAUGUUACCACUGGGCAAAUCAAAACCUUAAUACACAAAGAUCCAGCCCAAGCUGAGUGUUCAGCACCCUCUGAACAGCACAGAACUGAAACAGAUAAACAGGACCCAAAGUUAGGCCUGCCAAAUCCAUUUGAACAGACUAACUGGAAAGAGCUGUCUCGAAUUGAGAUCAUCCAGUCUUAUCUCAACCGGCAGAGCAGCUUGUUGUCUUCCUCCGGAGUACAAACUCAGAGUGCACAUUAUUAUAUGUCUGAAUAUUUAAAACAGGAGGAAUGCACCAAGCGAGAAUCUAGGAAGACUCAUGUUUUAGUCCCACUUGUCCUUCCCAGUGACCUACCUGGGAGAACGAGGAAAAUAACUAGCAAUGACAUGGACCUAAUACACAACCAACAUUGGCCUGGUGUCAAUGGCUGUCAUGAUACACAGGGCAAUUGGUAUGAUUGGACGCAGUGUAUCUCCUUAGACCCUCAUGGUGAUGAUGGUAGAUUAAAUAUCUUGCCUUAUGUUUGCUUAGACUGAACAUCUGUCUAAAAUCUGCUUUUUUCAUAUCUGCGGUUUUCAUUGCAAAACCAUGGGCAAUUGCAGCUCAGCACAGGAGAUUUACAUGAGGAAGGAGUUUCCCAUUGUUAGUUUUGGGAGGUGGUAAGGGGGAUGAAUAGGGUCGGGAGGAAACAAGAAAAGCUUAGUGGCCACUACAUCCUGGAAGUUACCUUCCCUCGCCGGAAUCCUCCAGGUUCUGCCGCACUUGUUUUUUUGUGCAAAAUGCUGCUACAGUUUAAUACAGUAAACAUUACAGAAGUAUGGGUAAAUGUAAUGCAAGAGUUUAGAAAAGGUGAAAUCCAGACUUUCUAAACUUGUAUAGCAAGCAAGCUAUAAUAAAAAAAUAUGUGAAAAAUUUCAAGUGUUAUGUUCAAACCAACCCUGAAAUCUCAAAAAGGUAAUUCUGGUGCCUCUAGAAGGGCUGGAAUAAAAAAAAAUAUAUAUAUAUAUUUGACAGGUACCGAAAGCUUUCAUGAGAAGAUUUAAUUAAGCCGAAGAUAUGUUACCAUAACAAAGUAUGCAUUUAUUUAUUUAAUUAACCUUUUCUUUUCAGAUUGAUAUAUAUAUAUAUAUUUUCUCCUCCAUUAAAUUUGACAUUAAAGUGUCUAAAGAGUAGCUGUACAGAAUUUUAGCAUUGUGUUCCUUGCAUCACAGCUGGUUCCUUGAUAAGAAAAGCAUAUAUAUUUUUUUUAAUCCUUUUCCCUCCAUUCCAUCCUUUGUAAUUGAUUUUGUCUGAAGCAGUGCUUUUGUGACUGGCUUGAACAUUCCAGAGCCAUUCAUAGUUUGUUGUGAAAUUCAUAUCUACUCCUAUUCUGUAGGCUUUAAGUAUACAUUUUCAUUUGUAUCAGCAACAGAAAUGUGGAGCUUAGUUUUCUUCCCAGUUUAUUUCUAUUUUUAGAUAAUUUGUUUCUGAAAUGUAAUACCAUGUCCAUUUCCAAAUUGUCCUUCAAAUCACCUUCACCUCUAAAACUUGAACCUCAAGGUGACAGAUGGUGCUACCAGCUUGUAAUUUGUCCUUAGAUGAAAGUACUGAAAGGGCCUGUUUGUAUGCUGGAAAAAAAAGAUAAAACAAACUACUUGCUACCAUUCCUUUAGAUGUAAUCUGCCUUAUGGGAUCUCCAUCAUAACGCGAUUUUUUUGCAAAAAAAAUUUAAACAAAAACAAAGCCUUAGUUGAAUGUACAGUAAGACUUCUGUAUUUCUGUGAUGCAGAAGAGAGCAACUUUGCUAAUUUUGGUCCUAUGAGUGGACAACUUGUGAUAUAAAUGUGGUAUCCAUAAAUAAAAAAAAAAAUCACGUUUUUUGUCAA